CGCUGGGUUGUUGGAGCCCUGCCUUGGGCUCCCAUUGUGAUGGGACUCGGGGUCUGAACGUCACAAUCCACACCGGGCAAAGAGCGUUCCGAGAUCCCGCGUCGAGAAGCUCAGUGCGGAUCGAGGGGGAGAGAGUCUAGGAUCUUUCUGCUUUUUCUCUGCCCGUGAUAUGUAAACGUAGAGGGAAUAAUCCCAUUAGCAAUGCCGAUUUACAGGUUCCUCCUCCAGCUGUGAAAUAGAGCCUACGUCAGCCAUUAGCCUUCAGCCUUCCUCUCCCAUUGCUUGCACUGCCGUGAGCCGUCCUUUUAAACCCGCGCACCCCUCCUUGCCAUCCCUCGCCAAACACGCGCACCCAAGCGAUAUCAUCCCGCAGACAAAACCAAAGCCAACUUCAAAAGAUUAUUUGCAGAAAGGGCGCUGCAGAGAGGAGCGGCCGUCAUCUAUUCAACACUUGAGGAGAGCAAGAUGUUUGACAGACACAGAGUCCCCUUUGUUUGUUUGGAUGUAAUAUGCGUCCUAUUGGCUGGUAUGCCACUGGGUGUUCUAAAUGUGGCCAAAAUAAAACCUUAUCAAAGAGGUUUUUACUGUGAUGAUGAAACCAUCAAGUAUCCAUUCAGGAACAGUACCAUCACUUCCACUGUCCUGUAUUCAGUGGGGUUUACACUGCCCAUAUCAGCUAUAAUCAUAGGGGAGUUAGCCUCAGUUCAUUGGAACCAUUUGUAUUCAAACUCCUUUAUUAGAAACUCCUAUAUAGCCACUGUGUAUAAGGCAAUUGGGACAUUUUUAUUUGGGGCUGCUGCAAGCCAAUCUCUGACUGACAUAGCCAAAUAUUCAAUCGGGCGACUUCGGCCUCACUUCCUCGAUGUUUGCCAACCCGAUUGGGCGAAAUUCAACUGCAAUGUGGGGUACAUAACUGACUUUACAUGCCUGGGUGACAAACGGAUGGCCAAUGAAGCACGGCUCUCCUUUUUCUCUGGCCAUUCAUCCUUCUCCAUGUACUGCAUGAUGUUCCUCGCACUUUAUCUGCAGGCACGAAUGGUGGGUGAUUGGUCCAGACUGCUGCGUCCAACACUUCAGUUUGGCUUAAUUGCAUCUUCAGUUUAUGUGGGACUUUCACGUGUGUCUGAUUAUAAACACCACUGGAGUGAUGUGUUAACCGGACUCAUUGAGGGAGCGAUUGCAGCCAUACUCGUUGUGGUGUUUGUGUCAGACUUUUUCAAAAAGAGACACCCCAGAAUUUCACCAAAAGAUGAGGAAAAUUCACAUUCAGCUUUGCAUGAGACACAAGGAAACCAUUUUGCCAGGAAUAAUCAAUAAAGGAUUGUCGCGGGCGUCAAUGAAUGUAUAUGUGUUGUAAAACUUAAGGCAUAAUAAACACCUAGUCACUCAAGUAGAUAAUCAUCUUUAUGAAUAAGCACCUACUGCUAUAGUCUUGGAAUCUGCCGCACUUCAUAUAUGUGCACCCAUAUAACUGGUUACAUUUUGUUUGAAUACAAAUAUUUUUAUUUCUACUGUGCCUUCCCUUCUAAAAAGCUUUUAUCAUUAAAAAUAAAUUGUCAUACCUUAGUUCAAGAUGUAAAAAUGUUUAUUAAAAUAACAGUAAUGUUUUCCAUGUACAGUUUCAAUACUGAAGCUUGCUUUUGUCGGUGCUUGAGGUCCACACUAUAUAUAAAUUCAAUGGAAAAUAAAAUGUCUUUCAAAAACCUGACAA